UCUCACAAAAGCCGCCACUCUGAGGUCCAGCCAGGAGCCAUGACUGAACCAGACGAUCUCUUUGUGCCUUGAGGAAUACUUGGCGGGCGGUACCCGGGAGCAACUGUUGCUGAGCAAGGUUCACUAGAACUUCUUCAAUCGCGCGGGUGUAUCCUCUCCUUGCCUUUUAACAGAUCCGUGUGGCGUCUUCUUCUCCGUUCAACAACUUUACAAAGUCACGCCAAGCGUAAGGCUUUGGCACGAUGUUUCCUCUCAGACCAAACGCGGAACCGUCUGCUAUCUCGAGGGCGUUAAUUCGUCGUUCCACUCGUUCUUACCAUCAAUGUCAUUCUGGUGCAGACCAACGCCAGCGCCUAACAGCCAUAUGGACUCCUACGGGUGGACGGACUGCAGGGGAAGCAGAAAGAGCUCAUGAUAAGUUGAUCAGAGCUGGACUCCUUCGCCAGUCGCAUUCAGGCAUCUUUCAUAUUCUUCCAAUGGGCUACCGCAUCCAAAGCAAACUAGAGUCUCUGAUUGACAAACACAUGCAAAGCCUGGGGGCAUCCCGGGUUGCCUUGUCUUCCAUCACUUCCAAGAAGCUGUGGCAACAGAGCGGUCGCUACGAGAAUCUAGGUUCAGAGCUUUUCAACUUCCAGGACCGCAAGGGGGCUGACUACAUGCUUGCCCCUACGCAUGAAGAAGAGGUGACUUCACUGGUGGCUCAGUCUGUCAAGUCAUACAAAGAGCUUCCACUCCGCCUAUAUCAAAUUACUGCUGCCAUGCAGACAUACGAGCAGGUGCAGGAUGCAUAUGCAUCGUUCUUUGGUUCGCUUGGCCUUCCUGUUGUCAAAGCCAGGGCUGGGUCGGGCGACAUGGGCGGAGAUUUAAGUCACGAGUACCAUUUCACCUCCCCGAUCGGCGAAGAUCUCAUAAUGAAGUGUAACAACUGCGAGUUCGCGGUGAAUUCAGAUAUCGCCGAGCAGCCCGCAAAUGACCGCGCCACGGAUCCUCAACAUCAUUGCCCCGAAUGUGAGGCUGGGACCCUUGAGGCGAAGGAAGCACUUGAGGUCGGUCAUACAUUUCACCUGGGUACUCGCUAUUCAGAACCUCUUGGUGCCCGUAUCGCACUCCCAACGACCUCGCAAGGAGGGUCGCAAAGUACGGAUACAUCAGCUGCGAGGGCAACAACCCACAUACAGAUGGGAUGCCAUGGCAUUGGAGUGUCCCGUCUGAUUGUCUUUGCCGACGGCCUGGAAGCGCAGGCGGUUCAGAUAUACGACGACGUCGUGCAUGGCUUGAGCGAUACUACUGACGUCCUUCUGGAUGAUCGACCUGUCUCGCUCCCAUGGAAACUGAAAGAUGCCGACCUGGCCGGCUACCCAAUCGUGGUCGUGCUGGGGCAAAUGGCUUCACAAGGUGGUGAGACAGUAAAUCUCUCCACUUUGGAUGUCCAACAACUUGGCCAGGUGAAGAAGCAGAUCGAAGAAGAGCUUGAGCAUUUGACGCAGUCUUUCGCCCAGCUACAUGCAGUUCAGGGGAAAUUCAAGGAAUGUCAGCGGAUCGUCAAGACACGCCCAGGAUCAAUCGAAGGCGAGCGAUCUGUGCUUGUUCCUUUGACCAACUCACUCUACGUGAGAGGCGAACUCUCGGAUCCCGGUCGCGUAGUUGUUGACGUCGGGACCGGUUUUUACGUCGAAAAGGAGAGCAGCGCAGCUGAGUUGUUUUACAACGCAAAAUUAAAGCAAUUGGCCCAAAAUAUACAGGACCUUGAAGUUAUAGUGCAACGCAAAACUGCCAACGUGAGAAGUGUUGAAGACGUACUGAGGCAAAAAGUCAUGGCUGGACAAGCCAGCGAAACUCGAUAAUUUUCCAACUAUAGCACCAAGCCAAGUCAAUCAUCUUGUCGUGAGUUUCACACCUAACGCGCCUCCCCCGCUCCCGUAUGUCGGUGGGCCUCUUCUGUGAAUAAGUUCUCAACGUCGUGGAGGACCUCAAAGGACCCUGGAAGAAGUCUCCAAGCUUGCACUCGGCCGUGUUCUGUUGAGUUUCAGGAAGCACGCGUCUCAUAUCCUGGGCCCAGUGACUUACCGCAUGCGUGUCUUCCAGGGUUCUGGGAGGUUAUCCCAGCUGUCCGCGUAGGGAUGCACGAGACAUCUUGAUUGCGAAUCCAUAAUGGUGCGGCUACCAUUCCAGCUAUGAGAUUCGAUCACCUCAAUAAUGUAAGGUGUAGCCUUGUAGGCAUAUCCUCUGGCUGUGCGUGGGAUUGUUUGCUCGAUGCUUCCGAGAAGUGGAUUUCUGCUGAAGACGCCGGGUUUAUAAGUGUGAAAGCGCCGCACGACUAAUCCAAUAGCUGUGAGCUCACUGCCUGGGUAUGUGAUGAUAUGCGGUAACUCUGGGUGACAGGCCAGGGCUUGGGGUGACCGAAGACGCAUUGAGCUGCCAACCGACCGCUCUAACGUGAAUAAUCGGGUUUGCAGCUGGAUUUUAAGUACUGGGGUUGUGUUCCUGUCCAGCAUGAUAACACUUGUCCCGAGGAUCUGGGGAGCUUUGGAU